UUGUAGACUUUUGGCGUGGCUGGCCGUGCCAUAAAUAGCCUCAUCUUCUAUAAAUGACCUAAGGAAAGGACCUAACGAACAAGAAGCACUAGUCUAUGUGUACCCACGUUUUGAUACUCACAAUGACACAAUCUAUUUAACUGGAAGCCACAUUACAUUUCUUGGACAUUCAAAAAAUUCGUUCGACAUCGUGUGUGAUAAUUAAAAUAUUAUAAUAACCAGAAGUGAAAAAAAAUUAAACUUUUAGGAAUAAAGGUUAACAGACAAUUCAUCGUUAUAGGUGUAUGGCAUUUUCCAAUGGGCUAGCUAUUAUUAUACACGUGUGAGACAUUCCUAUGAUGUACUGAUUUAUUAUAAUAUAAAUUGUAUAGAAGAUAAAUCGAUCUUUUCUGAAAUGUGAAUGAAUCAUCGAUGCGAAGUUUAAUUGAUAUUCUACGCACAUUGACUCUGCAUCUUGCUCUAUAUGCUGCUAUAGUGGUUCUAAUUUCUUACAAAUAUUUCCACUACUGGAUCAUUACAUUUGUGAAACUUACCUUGGAUUCCUAACAGUUUUGUGUAUUUUCAAAUUAAAGUGAAAAAAAUGUCUGAAUUGUCUAAAUAUCCCUAUGACAGAGGUCAGUGCAUACAAGUCAAAACUGAAGAUAUUUCGUUUAGCCAUGAACUUGACUUUCAAACUAAUCCUGCAUUUCGCUUUUGUUUUUCACGUAGCCCACAGAGUUACUCCUCUUGCAUGUAUACUACAAGUGUGUCUAAUCCAACCUCUUACAAGGAAAACAAUAGCCCCGCAUGCAGACGCAGACUAGACUUUAGCAACACUGCCUUUUUUGAUGAAACCAAAAUUGGACCUUUGGCCGUUGCCAAGCGUAACGAACGAGAGAGGAACAGAGUUAAGCUGAUAAACAUGACGUUUCACACCCUCAGGCAACAUCUACCCCACCUAAAUAGUGUCUGCAAAGGGAAAUCCAGAAAACUCAGCAAAGUUCAAACUUUGCGUUCCGCCAUUGCCUAUAUACGACAACUUCAGGAGCUGGUGCAUGCCAGACAGGCCGGUCACGUGACAAAGCAAGAAGAUCCGCACUUUGGAGACGACGACGCCCAGUCUAAUACAGACAUUUCGGACAGUCCGAUGUCAAGACGAGUUGACAACAUGGCGGACCUCGGCAAGUCAAUGGCUUAUGCUUACAAUGAUUUCAGUAAGUUGGCAUCGCAAGACCAGCUUCCAAUGAUGUCAGCAUCCUCUCCUUCUUUUCCCGGCAUCUCUUUUGAUUUGUUGGUCAAAUCAGACGAGGACAUCUUGAUUAGUACAGAUGACGAUGUCUUGAUUAGUACAGAUGAGGAUGAUUUUGUUGAUUGGUUAUAGAAAAUAAAUAUUUUUUUUAUUUCUAUCCAAUGAUUGGUAAUAGAAGAACAGAAGAUCGCUCAGGUGUUUUCAUUCCAUGUUCUGAACAACGAGAAGCAUCUAUCAAUGACAAGAAUCUAGAUUUAUCAAAUCAAUAUUAGGCUACCAAUUAUAAGUUGUCUUCAUUUUGAAGAAUUAUUUGUACAAAUCAAAUGUUGAUUAUUGUAAAUAGAUGUCAUGAGUAUUAGUAUCUGGUCUAUUAGAAGAUUGUUGAAAUAAAUGUGUAACACUUGUAAUAUUCGAUCGAGUCGGGGGAAGGGGGUUAAAAGAUGUAGAGAAAAAAAAAGGUCUACUCCCAAGAUAUGUAGGAAUCAAAGAGAUGUAGAGGAAAAAAAAAAGUUUCUACGCCCAAGAUAUGUAGGAAACAAAGAGAUGUAGAGAAAAAAAAAAAGGUCUACUCCCAAGAUAUGUAGGAAACAAAGAGAUGUAGAGAAAAAAAAAGGUCUACUCCCAAGAUAUAUAGGAAACAAAGAGAUGUAGAGAAAAAAAAAACGUCUACUCCCAAGAUAUGUAGCAAACAAAGAGAAAGAAUUUUAGCCUACGUCUUUGAUUUGUAGGACAUGUUGAUAAAGAAUAAAGGCUAAGCAAUGGUCUUUUAGUUUUAUUGAUUUCUUACAGAAUAUGGCUGUAGGCCUGGGAUUGUAAAAAGGCUAUGAAGAGGCAGAUUGCUGGUUGUGAUUUUAUUGUUUUAAUUCUAUGAGCCAUGCUUGAAACUUUAUAUUUGAAUGCGAUGUAGGCCUUUGUUAAAAAUGUUCAAUAAGAAGGUCUAUUGUAAGACA